AUGAUCCAUUCAAAUCGAACAAGACGUCGAUCAACGAUCGAACAACGUAGCUGUCAUAAAUUUCAACUUGAAUUGGUUUUAAUACCAUUGUCAAUUGCUAUGAUACCAUUUGGAUUAUGUAGUUUAUUAUUUUGUGUUUGCUUUUGUGGGCCAAAAGAAUCACGAGGUAAAGUACCGGAAAUGUUCAAGAAAAAAGCGCAAAUUGAUGCAAAAGAUGCGAAUGAAAUUGAUAAUGAUGAACUUACCUGUAAAGAUGGAAUAAUAAUGCGAAAGGAUAGCAAAAAGACGCGUUUUAGUACCGCGAUUUCUUUCAUUGAAAGAAAUUAUGCAAAUGAUGAAAUGAGCAGUAAAGAUGACCAAUCAAUAAUUCCCAAUACAUUAUUAUCUCCUGUCUCAAAGAAAGUGGAAUCGGAAUAUGAUGUUAAAAAUGAUGAAGUAUUAACAAUGAAUAACAACAAUCAAAUAUCAACAAUGACAACAACAACAACAACAACAACAACAACAACAACAACAACAACAAUAACAACAACAACGACAACAAUAACAACAGCUACAAUAACAACAACAACAGCAGCAGCAGCAGCAACAAUUGAGGAAUUCCAAAUAAAUGAGAAGAAAUUAGAAAAUAAGAAAGGUUAA